AUGCACCAUCAAGAUGUGAUUGAAGAAAGGUAUACAGUGGCAGUUAUAAACCGUUUUCAAGAACUCGAAGAUGAAGGAAGUGGGAAAUGUUUUGUAGAAGCACUAGAUGAAGCAGUCAAAGAGAUUAUUCCAUUAAAAUUAAAGAAACAGAAAUGGAUGACGGAGGAAAUCCCUGGCCUCGGCUUUGAAGUGAGAAGCAGGAGACAAAAGGCUCCAGAAUCGGAAAGUUAUUAUCGCAUUGAAUCCAGUGAACCAGGAACUUGUAUGCAUUUUCGCUCAGAAGAAGGUGUCUACGAGUUUGUUUCAGACGGCACCGACACCGUGUGCGCCCUCUACAUUAUCAGUGAUCCCGAAUAUAUAGUGGAAUUUGAGUUUUACUCUAUUGACGUUAGCUGUCUUAAAGGACUGGUAGCGGUAAUAGACGGGUGGGAACUGAACGGACAGUUUUUCCCCGGGGAACAGGACCACCCAAAGGCCAUGAAGUACAGGUUCACUGAGUACUGUGGAAGAAAGAAACUUCUUAAGCCUUUCAGAACGUCACAGAAUGUAGGAUUGAUACAAUUCCACGUUCCUCGCCGUGGAGAAGGAUACACUGUAUCUGUGAGAUUUCGUCCCAAUAAAAAACCGUGCAAUGCAGUGAUGCAGUGGCCUGACGGUCUCUACACCCUAAGAAACUAUGGCAGAAACGUUAACUGUACCAUCGCUUUCAUUAUGAAACCAGAGAGGUUCCGUGUAGUGGCUGCGAGCAUUGGCACCCAGGCUUAUGGAAUCAACAUCAGCCAAUUGGACGUGGAGACCGGGCUAGUGUCUAAGUGUUCCAAGAGAGGAGUCAGUGAUUUCGUUGAGAUAAAAGGUGGAUACGGUCUUGAUCCACAGUUUAUGAUUACAGCAGCUGAUCGGUGUGGAACUUUGUCUCUACCAAGUAAAGAAGUUAUUGAUGUGGCUUGUAGCAGCACAGCAAUACGACUGGUAUCAAGUGGUCAGUAUGAGAAUUCAGUGACAGUCAGUUUUGAAGGGCUGAACGAAGAACACCUUUCUACACACACUCCAACCCUCAUCUGCCCUUUCGAAACUAUCUAAAGAUAAAAAGGGAAUCCUCUGACCAUCUCGACCACCCUGGAAGAGCUGGUCAUCUGGCGUUUUGCAAUUGUUUCGUUGGUAGAUGUUAGAUUACCCCACCUUGUCAAUGCACGUGAAUCCUUUAUUUAUUAUUAUUUUUUGUUCUGCACCUUCCCACGUGUGCAUACGCAUCUUCUCUGUUGAUGAAUGGGAGACAACAGCAAAGAUUCCUGGAGAACUGAGUUCUACAAAACCAUCUACAGGUCCAGAGAAGUCACAAACAUUCAUGUAAAAUAUGCAUUCAGUGUUUGCCUGAUGGAAGAAAACUGUAGGAAAAAGAUAUCCAAUAAAAUGUCUGUAUAUUCUUAA